UUCAGUGCUGCAGUCUUGGCCAUCGGGCACGACAUUCCGCCUUGAUUCGCGUUUUCCGCAGGUUUUCCGCGAGUGAACACCACCCAAAAGGGUGUGAGAAAUAGUGGCUGCUCCUUACGAACCGGACUUUUUGCGGAAAAGUCGGCGGCAGUUGGCUUAACAGUCUGAAAAGUAAAGACUUGUGCGCAGCACGCGUGGCGUUGCCAGACGGUUGCAGCAAUUUACUGUGCUUAUUUUUAGAGUUUUCUUAACUUUUCCCGUUUGUAUGAAGUGCGGAGCGAGGCCGCGCUUUUGGGAAAACGUAACUAUUCCUGAGAAACAGUGGAAAACUGCGUUUCAAUUGGAAAAUCGUUGCGUGACUAGGGCGUUGCCAGACCCGCGGCAGGUCUCACGCGCGCAUCUCUAGUUUGUUUUCAUUCGGAAUUUGGGGAAAAAGCUCCUUGCACUGAUUUUGUAAAUUAAAAUUGGCUUCACCCACGAAUCCCCUCGAGAUGUCGGGGCAGGCGGAGCUCAAGGAGCUGGGCAUGUUCGAGCUGCGCCCGCUGAUCACCAACAUCAGCUGCAAGCUGUCCGCGGUUACCGCUGGCCUGGAUGAAAAGCAGUUCCUGUGCCUGGUCACCGAUGAAAACGAGAUCCUUUUGCGCUACAUCAGCGCCUCCUCCGGCCAGGAGGUGGUCAAGAUGAUAUCCUGGUUCCGCAACCGCGUGAUCCACGACGUCUGCUUCGAUCCGGCGGGCACUUGGCUCCUGGUGCUAUGUUUCGACAACACGCUGCACAUUGUGCCUGCCCUGGCGCUGGUUGACAAGUCCCAUGGACUCUCCGCCUGCUCGCUGUACAGCACCACCCAGGUCACCUCCUACAUCAUACCCUUCGUGGGUCCCCACGAGUGCCCCAACUCCAAGAAGUGCCCUAACCACUCGGCGGGUCUGGGUGAGCAGCCGCCCACAGUGGAGCAGCUGGCCGAGAACAUAGAGCAGGUGCGGCUGCAGGAGGCUGAGGAGGAGCAGGAGAAUGAGCCACUGGGCCACGAUCUGCCCGAGCACAUGUUGGUUCGGAACAGCGGACCAGAGGAGUCGGGUGUGCAGCCACCACAGCAACAGCAGAUGCCGACGAUUGAUGCCACCGGCAACAGUCAGGUGAUGGCCACCUCCUUUAUGGCGUCCAAGACCUGCCCCUAUCCCCUGUCCGUCGUCUGGUGGAAGACCAACAGCGGUCAGAAUAGGGCCAUCAUCGGCUACUCGGAUGGAUCCAUCUGCUUUGUGGGCCUCAGUCCCAACUGCCCCAUGAUUGCGAGCACUGCCAUUGAAAACGGAUCUGUGAUGCGCCUGGUUAUCUGCAAGGACAAGGCCUACGAUGGCGUCAUGCUGCUGAUAACCUCCUCGUUGAAGCAGCAGUUUAAGCUCCUGCUGGAGCAGAAAGCAAUCAAGUACGUUUACCCCGGAGACAGUUCCCCAACGACCCGCGAAGGCGCCUGGCAAAUAGUGAUGUCCGUGCAGGAAAAGCAGCAAAUUGCGGCGACGGGCGCGAGACAAAGCAAUAGUUCCGAUCCGGCCUCGGACAGCAGUCAGUUGGAGGAGGAUGUCUUCGCACCGCCGUCCAGCGAAGAUGCAGCCUGCAGCAGUCAGGCAGCAGCCACCGCCGACUCGACCACCGUCCCGGCGUCCAUCGCAGAGGGUUCAGCUACAACCACAGAUGUGCCACCACCGCCGGCGCCACCUUCUUACAGCGAGGCAGUGGCCCGGCAAAGCGGCGAGCAAGGAGGCGUUCGCUUUCAGCAACAGCAACUGCCAGCGGGCAGCAUGGAUGGCAUUCUGCCCGCCACAAGAGCCCGCCUGGCCUCGCUCAAGAGUCUGGGAUCCAAGAAGCUGCAGGCCAUCAAAAUGCGACUCUCCGAUCAGCGGCAAAAGUUCGAUGAAUUUAUGCCGGACUCGACGAUGGGCUCCUUUGCAAUCAUGGAUUCGCCCUCGGUGACGCCAGAGCCACUGGGCACCACCACCGGAUCCUUUUACACCAUACAGAACCUGCGCAGCACCUUCCUGUUGAGUGCCCUGCACAGCAAUAGCCACAGUUUGACCGUGCACAGCAUAGACAUCAGUCUGAAGCCGCUGUUCGUUUACAAGAUCCCCAAGCACACCCAGGAAAUACUCAUCAGCUCCAACAUACUCUACGGCAUACACUACGUGGACCUGCACUGCCGCAGCGAUUCGGCCAUUUCCACGGCGGCAUCGUCGCUGGAGGAUCCGCUGGUGGCCAAUACGGAAAAGGAGAAUCGGGACGCGGACAUUGAGAAGCUUGAGCAGGAUGUCAGUGCCCAGAAGAGCGAUACGACCAGUGCAACGACCACGGCCACCUCGAGCCUAGAUCAAAGCGAGAUGCCCAGUAACGCCAUCAAUGCCGUCAGCGUGAUAAGCAGCGCAAUGGCCUCUCUGCAUACCUCCGAUGAAGACCGCUUCAAUAAUACGGCUCAGUUAGGUCUCUUCCGCUUCGAGCAUGAAACUGUGCUGCAUUUAUAUCAGAUGGCACAGUAUCGCACUCCCGCCGCCCAACCAGAGACCCUAACCAAAGAGGAGAAGGCCAAGGCUUUUGAGCUUAAGGACAUCCACACGCCUAUGGAUUAUAUCCAGUUCUACGAGACGGCGGAUGUGAGCAGUGAGUUUUCGCUGCGGCAAAUGGAGAUAAUGCAGUCCGAGUUCCCGAAGAUUAACUACGAUCCAAGCUAUGUGAUCACCAAUAAGAAUGUUUACACUAUACAGCUGAGAAAGGAGCCCUUUGAAUUGUUUCUAGAUGCCGCCCUGCAGAACGAGUUUAACCAGUGCCGCGACUUCUGCAACACAUUUGACCUCUCCUUCGAACAGUGCAUCGAGUUUGCCGGGGAUUACCUGCUCAGGCGGAAGAAGAUUACCCAGGCGCUGCUCACGUACAACAAGGCGCGUGUGAAACCGAUACGGACAGCUCUAAAACUGGCCAUGUAUGGACACACAUACGCUUUGAUGCAGCUAAGUGCUAUGGCCCUAAAGUCCACAUAUCUUCUGCGAUCGCGGUACUUGGGACAUCCGCUGCUCAAGGGCAUUUUGAGCGAUAUUACCUACCGGCACUCGGAGGAUGUGCGUGUGAUCCUGCCCGAGAAACAGGAGCAGGAGGAUGUAAUCAGCGGCGCUGUCUGCAGCGAUUAUCACUAUGGCGUGGACGAGUCAAUUAGCGCCCUUCAAAUGUCGCCUUCAUCGCAGUUCCAUUUGGCCAACCUGCUGCUCAUCACGAUGGCCGAGAAGGCAGUGAACGAUAAAAACUACAUACCGCUGUGGAACUUUUUGGUGACGAAUAGCAAAUAUCACACCAACAUGACGAGCAUUGUUCUCUGCCAAAGUGGACUCUUCUCGUCGGCCAUUAUUUUGGCCAAGAUACGGGGCGUCUGUCUGGAUACUUUCAAUGCCCUGAUCAGCGUGGUGGCCCAAGAGUUUGGCUGGUACAACGAGCUCAACGUUUGCCUGUACAACCUGAGCGAGAAUAUAUUUAUGGAGACAAUAACUUACUUGCCGCAUGUGUCCAUGGAUUACUUUGCUUUCAUCCAGGAGAAGCUGGAUCAUAUCAGACCUUGUGUGUUGCAGCGCCUGGCGAAGCAACUGAAUCCUUUUUCUGCCGCUUUACGACCCAUUGUGUCCCACAAUAGUGAUUGCGCGAUAUCGAACGAUAAUAAUCCGCAAUUGUUUGAGUUUUGCAAGAGUCUAAUUGAAACAUAUUUGGCAGUGCUCAUACACAUGGAAUCCCAGCGAGUGAAGCGUGACUCUAUUGUAAAUGCUUUAUCGAAUUUCCGUAUCAACUAUGAAGACAAUCAGUUUGCCAUUGAAUCAUCACGCUUCAAACCGAUCUCAGCUGGUUGUGCCUACUGCGCCUGUGUGGUGGAUGGAACCGCCUACUUCUGGGGCUCCAGCGGCAUUCCUAGUUACUAUAGUGCUCAAAAGUCAACAGAGCCACCGGAGCCUGCGCAUGCUGUGAAAAGUCUGGACCUCCUCUCGCAGCUCAAUUUGCAAGUGCACGCCAUCAAGUGUGGACGACAGCACACACUUAUUUUAACUAAUAAUGGCCUCUAUUCCGUGGGAAAUAACAAUCUCUGUCAGCUGGGUAUUGGUCGGCACAUGCAGAUGGCUUUGCAACCAAUGUUGGUGACAGCAUUGGAUGGCAUGAAUAUUACAAUGCUUGAGGCGGGUCAAUAUCACAAUGCGGCUGUCGCGGAUGGCAAGCUCUAUAUGUGGGGAUGGGGCGUCUAUGGUCAGCUGGGGCAAGGCAGCUGCGAGAAUAUAGCUACUCCACAACUAGUCAGUUUUUUCAAGUUUAAGAAAAUUGUACAAAUAUCGCUGGGCCAUGCCCACUCUUUGGUGCUGUGCAGAGGAAUACCCAACAGAAGCUACAUGGAGGCUAAUUAUUGCGGCAACGAGCUCUACGUGUUCGGCUCCAACCACUUUGGCCAGCUGGGCACCGGCAAUAGUGACCACGGAGGCGACACCAAGACGAACCUGCCAGUGCGCCUGGAUGUGGGCGGCUGCAGCCUAAGACUGAUACACACCAAAUUUUUUACCAAUUUAGCUGUAGACGAAGACGAUCGUCUGUUCACUUGGGGCAGCUCACCGCAGGCUUUGCGUCUGGCCAAUCAAAUCAAGCGUCGCGCUAACGCCAAGCAGAAGAUGGAGGAGAACCAGCAGCGAGAGCUGUUGAGCAAGCAGCUGGAGGCCACUUUGAUGCCGGCACCCAUCCCGAAUACCAGCACCCUGGUGGAGCCCACCACAUCCUAUGCUGCUGUGGUGGCCGGUGCCACUCCGAAGGCCACUAGCGAGACCAAAGAUAGCCAGCAGGGGCAGAACGAGGCUGCGCCAUCAGAUGCUAGGGAAGUAAUUGCCCCGCGAGAGCCGGAAAUACUUAAAAUGGCACCACCGCCUGCCACAGCUCCUGCACCCGAACCGGAUCCCACGGAGCACCUGACGCCUCACUUGGUGGACACCAGCGAGGUGGCAGGCCAAAUUCUGCAGAUCUCCAGUGGCUUGUUCCACUUUUGCCUGAUCUCGUCCAGCUGCACACUCUACACGUGGGGCAAGAACCUGGAACACCAACUGGGCACCGAGGACAAGGAUCGCCGGGCAGUGCUCAAGCCCUCGCCCAUCGACAGCAUCGAACGUCCGAUGUACGUGGACUGCGGCGCGGACUUCACGCUGGUCAUGACCACCGAUCACAUUGUGCGAGCCUUUGGCGGCAACUCGAACGGUCAGUGCGGCCGGGAUUUGGGAGCCAGUCUAGAGAGGAUGCGCCAGAGGGUGGUGUGCCUGCCAACGACUAAGCGAUUGAUGCGUUUCGAGAGCCAGUGCGUGGAAGCGCCAGUGGAGAUCAAUCUGCCGAGGCCACGCAUCCGAUUGGAUCACGAUCCAGUCAGAUAUCUUAAGGUCAUGCCACCAUAUCAGCCGCACUUUUUGCAGCCGGCGAACAUAAGCUUUGAUCAGCGCUACUCGGUGGGCACUCCGAACUACAAGAGCAGCACGGAGCACGCGGCGACUGGCCAGGACUCGGACGAUAUGCUGAGUAGCCUCGAGAACCUGAGUCAGAACGAUGCCAGCUUCUCCUAUAAUGCUCCGGUGCUGGGCGAGGCCCACAGUUCGCUGGAUAUGGACUACACGCCCGAGGAGCAGAGCUAUGUUCCGUUGCCGGACCAGGUCGUGGGUUCUGGGAUGCCCGCACAUGCAGAGCAGUUGCUGGGCAGAGAUGGCGACGACGAUAGCACCUACACGCAGAGCACCGAGGGCUUGGAGGACUCGUCGCUGCAGCAGCUGCGUCACUACAUCCACUACUGUCUGUACGCCUUUCACGGGUUGUACAAUCCCGACAAGAUUGGCGAGUGCGCCCGUCCAAACCGCAACGAGUACCGCAUACGCAUCUGCAUGCUCAACUUUCGAUUCGUGGAGGCCUUUCGGCUGUGCCUGCACAGCUGCGAUUCCGCCCAGCGCACCCUCAAGUUGUUUGAGUAUUUCAGCAAGGACACGGGCUAUGUGCCGCUGAGGAGAUCCGAUCUGAAGCACCUCAUCUAUCACCUGUGUCUGCACUUUCUGGAGCGCAAGUUCGACAUGCUCGAAUGCGAGCGAUUCUUCAUGGGCGAUUUGGAUUACUAUCUGCUGGAGCUGGCCUACGUCUUCUACUUCAACAACAACAACUCGACGCUGGAGCAGAAUCUCAACCAGAAGUUCAAGCAGCUAAUUGCCGCGGCGGACAGUAAUCAGGCGGCCACUUCCGCGGGACAGGAGCACCAGCAGCAGCAACAGCUGCAGGACACCGAUGUCAUAUUCGAUAGCUUUACGGUCAAGUUCAAGACGAUCCUGUGCCAGCGCCUGCUGAGCUACUCGGACUGCGAGGGUGCCAAUUAGCAGUGGCUGGGCCCUGGAGUCCCGUUUCCGGUUCAGAUCCUGAACCCAGUCAGCUUUCGUUCGACACGCGUCAGUUGAGGGCCCGUCGUCUUUGUCGUCUGUCUUGUUUGAUAUGUUUCGUUAUAAAUAUUCGGUCCAAGAACCGGGGACUGCCCUUAAAAUACACACACACACCCCCAAAACCCGAACCCACUUCUUCCCUUACAUGUUUACGCGUAAUUAUAUAUAUACCAUAAUUGUUGUUUGCGGUUAUUUAUACAUCAAAUGCUUUUUACAGCGCUGUUAUUUAAACGAAAUAUUUAAGACAAACAAAUUGUUUAAAGAAUCCAAUUUUUGUAACGCUUUGUUUGCCAUUGGCCACGCCCGCUUUUAUUUGUUUACUCAAUAAACUAAAAAAAAAAAGAAAUCUGAAA